CUCCCGCAACCUGCACCACCACAAAGAGCCACCUUUCCCUUGUCAAUUCAUCUAAACCCAGACCCCUCCAAGAUGGCAAACCAGGGCUACGAUGUGGUAGUCGACGUGGACGCCGAGGGCGACCUCGGCCACACCGACCUUCAGGAAGACCUUGAAUUCCACCGUUCGAACUUCGAAAACGACCCCCGCACCGCCAAAAUCCAACAAGACUCGACCCCAUUCCUCGGCGGCGGCGACCGCACCUCGCGCGGCGGCCGGCGGGACCGGUCGCCGGGGGGCACGCCGACGAAGCACACGUGGUGGACGGUGCACUACUACGCGCAGUUCUUCGACGUGGACACGAACGAGGUGCUGCGGCGGUGCGUGGCGACGGUGUACCCGCGCAACAACUUCCUGGACGUGCUGGAGGGGAACGCGGACCUGUACGGGCCGUUCUGGAUCGCGACGACGGUGGUGGUGAUCCUGUUCCUGACGGGCACGAUCUCGCAGUGGCUGAGCAACAACGACGACGCGCACUUCGCCUACGACUUCACGCUGCUGUCCGGCGCCGCGGGCCUGGUGUACGGGUACACGGGCGUGCUCCCGGUCGCGCUCUGGGGCGCGCUCCGCUGGUUCGGCAGCGCCAGCGCCGACCUCGUCGAGGCCUGGGCGCUCUACGGCUACUCCAACCUCGUCUGGAUCGCCGUCGCCCUCGUCAGCUGGAGCCCCCUCACCGCGCUCAACUGGGCCCUCGUCGGCGUCGGCUUCGGCUGGUCCGUCUUCUUCCUCCUGCGCAACCUCUACCCCGUGCUCAGCGCCACCGACGCCAAGGCCAGCAAGAUCCUGCUGAUCUUGGUCGUCCUGCUGCAUGCCGGCUUUGCGUUGGCGAUCAAGAUCCUGUUCUUCGCUCACGGAAGCCCGGUCUCGAAGAAGAACAAGAGCGACGGCGACGAGAACAAUGAUGGCAAGGCGCAAAUGUUCAUGUUCUAGGCUCGGAGGGAGAGCCGGGGAAGCAAGACGGAAAAAGAGAGCACGGCGUCAUUUGUGACCCUAUAUGUUUCCAUUUCUAUCACAAAAAGCAAAAGAAAAAAGGGCCCGCGUCUAGACCCCAGUUCAGACACUGGUGCUCAGGUAGCACCAAUGUCAAAAGGUCCAUGAUCUUUCCCUUUUUCUGAAAAGACGUAUCCAGAACUGUCGCCUAUGACAAAACGUUAAAUGCUUUCUUGUUGUCUUUUGUUUUCAUUGCAACUUUCCCGAAGCGACAGCACACUGCGUGUAUGGAGUGUAUCUUUCCUACUUUCCCCCGCACAAUAAAUCAAAAAUGGACCAAGGGAAUUU